UAAUGAGUUGACAAAGAAUUUAAAAUUUCUGCAAUAUUCCUGUUCUCGACUCACUCGCCUGCUCAGCUGAUUAAAAAGUAUCACUCCCUAGAUUUCAUCACAAGUCAUAAAUCAACACACAUAGUAAAGUCGAAUUUAAAAAUAGUUGAUAUCGAUAAUGUCUAUUGAAAUUUUAGAUGAUUCCUGUUUACUCAGAAUAUUUCGUGAAAUCAAUGAUAAACAAACUUUGAUUAUCUGCUCACAAGUUAAUCGACGAUGGCAUUCAUUAAUUUUGCCUAGUUUAUCAUAUACGAAGAGAGCCAAAGGAAGAAAGACUACUAUAUACUAUGCCAAAGGAAGAAAGAAAAAAAGUCAAAUUAAAAGGAACGGAUUCAGUAUUAGCCAGGAUGGUGAAAUCGUUUUUAUCUGGUAUGGAAUCCAGCCUGACCUUUUUAUUCAACAGGGCAGAAAGAUAAAACAACUGUACCAUAUAGACAUGACGUUAGACGAUUUUAAAAAAUAUGUUAAAUAUCUGCCACGAUUGGAACGAUUACAUUUGCAAGGCAGCUCGAAUUUCGCAGAUCCAAGUGCGUAUUAUGAUGGACCUAAACUCGAAAGGCUUGAAAUACUUGAAAUAGAAACAACGUCUUCUGUACAAAGUGAACCAUACAGGGGAUUGAGUUUGAUGGAUCGAUGUCCAUCGCUGAAAAGCGCUUUCCAUUGUGUCCAUGGAGAAGACUUUUUUGUUGACACUCAAGUGAAAAAUUAUCAUUUAGAGGAUUUAGUCAUUGAAAAUACGUAUUCCACUCAAGCAGUUACUUGGCCAACUUUGAAAAAGAUUCUAGGAAAAUGUCCUAAUUUAAAGCAUCUGGCUAUUAGACAUUCGUACGACACUGACAUUGAAGAUGAAAAUAUACCAGAAAUGCUGGAACUAUUACCGAAAGUGGUUCUAAUUGAUUUACGAGUGUCACCUGGUGUUACUUACAUAUCUGCUGAUUAUGUAGAUGAAUAUUGUAAGCUUAAUAAUCGUUCAAUAUCAUUUUAUUAUACUAGGAAACACGAACACGACAUCAGAGUUGAUUGGCCUCAAUUAUCAACUAAAAAAUUCAAAGGCUCUCCUGGCUACUGCUUCAUGAAGCAUUGUUUUCUCAAACCAUUCAACGAAUUACCUAGAGUAAUGGAUCCAAUCUACUUAUUACCUUUACUCGAAUAUGAUAUUCGCAAUAGUAAAACGAAACCUGAUGUUCAGGCAAAUCUAGAUCCUGACAAAGAGGAGGUUGGCUCAUUGGGUUUAGGUAAUUUGUUUGACUAAACGAAAAUAAUAAGCAUUCAAAUUUAGAAGACUUUAAAAUAAUCUUUAUAUAAGACUAACAAUUGACAAUAUUUUUUACCUUUCGUAUUAUGGAAAGAUUGAAGAUACCGAUAUCCAAAAACUGGAUACAAAAAGCGAAUCCAAACAUUGUAAAAUAUAGAGGGAAAUUUGAAAAAUUAACAGUAAACUGUCUUCAAGGGAUUA